AUGGCUGAAAUACGCUACGAUGGUCAGGUCGUCGUAAUAACAGGAGGGGGUGCAGGUCUUGGAAAAACCUAUGCCAAAUUCUUUGCUGCACGAGGGGCCAAAGUUGUGGUCAAUGACUUGGGCGGGACGUUCAAUGGCAAACCCGGUGCAAACGCCGCAGUCGCAGAUGUGGUAGUCAAGGAGAUCAAGGACGCCGGUGGCGAGGCCGUAGCAAACUACAAUGCCGUUCAGGAAGGCGAGAAGAUCGUCAAGACUGCAAUCUACAACUAUGGCCGAGUGGAUGUACUGAUCAACAAUGCUGGAAUCCUAAGGGACAUCACCAUCCGCAACAUGAAAGAUGAAGACUGGGACGUCAUCAUGGAUGUGCAUGUCACUGGUGCAAUGCGAACAGCCCGAGCUGCCUGGCCGUUCUUCCGCAAGCAGCGGUAUGGCAAGGUCAUCAACACUUCAUCCUCUUCUGGACUUUUCGGAAACUUCGGACAAGCCAACUAUGCGGCAGCGAAGAUGGCACUGGUCGGUUUCACGGAGACGCUCGCAAAGGAAGGGCUCAAGUAUAAUAUCCACUGCAACGUCCUCGCUCCUGCAGCUGCUUCCAGAUUAACUCAGACAGUUUGGCCGCCAGAGAUGAUGGAGGCCAUGAAUCCUGCUUCUGUUGUUCCUCUAGUCGGCGUGCUGGUGCACCCGAGCUGCUCGGAGACAGGCAGCAUCUUCGAGGCUGGAGCCGGCCACUACUCCAAGAUCCGAUGGCAGCGAAGCAAAGGCUUCAUCGCCAGACCGGAUGACAGCCUCACUCCGGACGUUGUACUGCGGAACUACGACAAGAUCAUCGACUUCUCCAAAGGCUCCAGCUACCCCAAAGGCGUUGCAAACAGCGUGGACUUGCUGGAGGAAGCCAUGGCGCAGCCCAGUAACGUGCGAGGAGAUGCAUUGGACUUCAAGGGCAAGGUCGUGCUCGUCACUGGUGGUGGUGCUGGCUUGGGCAGGGCGUACGCAAUGCAGUUUGCCAAGUUGGGCGCAAACGUUGUUGUAAACGACCUCGAAGGGGCAGAUGAGGUGGCCCAAGAGAUCCGCGAUGCGAAGGGAGAAGCAACAUCCCAAGCCAUCAGUGUCGAAGACGGGGAUGCCGUGGUCAAGCACGUGAUCGAUGCGUACGGCCGGAUAGAUGUCAUCGUGAACAACGCUGGCAUCCUGCGUGACAAGGCGUUCCAGGUUACCAGAGCAGCGUGGCCACAUUUUCUGAAGCAGAAGUACGGCCGCAUAGUUAACAUUACCUCUACGAGCGGCAUCUACGGCAACUUUGGUCAAGCGAACUACGCCGCUGCGAAAUGUGGCAUCAUCGGCUUCACCAAGGUCUGCGCUCGGGAAGGAGCCAAAUACAACAUCGUCGCCAACGCCGUAGCGCCGUCCGCCGGCACCAACAUGACAAAGACUGUGUGGGCUGACGAACAAGUACAAGCCAUCAGCCCGGCCUUCGUCGCUCCGCUGGUCGCAGCUUUGUGCUCGGAGAAACCUCCAGCUAUGGCGCAGUUGUUCGAGAGCGCGAGUGGCAGCUUUGCGUGCACGAGAUGGCAGAGGACAAGAGGGUAUGACUUUGAGCAUGAGAAGGGCGUGCCUGCUGUAGAAGAGGUGGCGAAGGUGUUCAACGAGAUCUGCAACUUCGACAAUGGACAAGCAGAUAACCCAGACACUCCCGCGGAAGGUAGCAAAUGGACUAUGGGCAAUGUGAUGAAAAACCCAAAGCUUAAGGCGAGCAUGCAAGCAGAAAAUCGUGCGAACCGCAAGUAUCUUCAAAAGAUCUAUGAGGCCAUGCAAAUGAAAGGCACGCCGGCAACCUACAGCUACACGGAUCGAGAUGCCAUCCUCUACAACCUAGGAAUUGGCGCUAAACGUACCGAUCUCAAUCUCGUUUUUGAAGGCUCCGACAACUUUGAAGUUCUUCCAACUUUUGGGGUUGUGCCAACAUAUUUCGCACGACUGCCCUUCGAGAUGAAGGAUAUUCUGCCGAACUUUGACCCUCGCAUGCUGCUACACGGCGAACAAUACCUCGAGAUCAAGCAGUUCCCCAUCCCAACAUGCGGGACCCUAAAAUCUGCUACAAGCCUUGUGGAAGUGGUAGACAAGGGCAAUGCUGCUAUUGUCCGGAGAGGCAACACCACCACCGACGAAGCCGGCAAGCCAGUCUUCUACAAUGAAAGCGUGGCCUUCAUCCGCAAUUCGGGCGGCUUCGGCGGCGGGCGCCAACCGAGUGACCGCGGAGCAGCCACCGGCGCAAACAACCCACCCUCUCGUCGGCCCGAUAAGGUUGUCGAGGAGAAGACGUCGGACGAUCUCGCGGCCCUCUACAGACUGAUGGGCGACUACAAUCCGCUUCACAUCGAUCCGGCGUUCUCAAGAGUCGGGGGAUUUGACGUACCGAUCUUGCACGGCCUGGCCACGUUUGGCAUCUCCGGCAAACAUGUGUAUCAAGCGUAUGGCCCGUACAAGAAUAUUAAGGUGAGGUUUGCUGGUACAGUGUUGCCAGGGCAGACGAUCGUUACCGAGAUGUGGAAGGAAAGCGGGAAGGUUGUGUAUCGGGCGAAGGUCAAAGAGACCGGGAAGGCUUGCAUCAGCAAUGCUGCCGUGGAGCUGAUGGGCGGGAAGUCUACGUUGUGA